GCCCUGUUGGGCGGGACUUCCGGCGUCUUGGGCAGGUUCGUUCUUUUCAACGUCUGCGGUUGUUCGCGCACGAGCUCCCCGGGCAGGUGAUACUUCAGCGCCUUGCGGAGAAACGCCCAAGGAGACGAGAGCCACGCCCGUGUCUUGUAGGACCGGCGGGAGGGUUCGAGUGACCCGUCUUGGGCGCUGCUGCGCACACAGACUUCCAUGACGGUGCUGGCAAUCAUGGACCCGACACAGGUAUCAGUGACCUUCAAGGAUGUGGCAGUGACUUUUACCCAGGACGAAUGGGGGCAGCUGGACACUUCCCAGAGGACCCUGUACUGGGAGGUGAUGUUGGAUACCUGUCGGCUCCUGGCCUCUCUGGGAGCCAGAGCAAAUUCAGAGACUACAGAGCCAACCAUUUCUCAGCUGCUCUUGUCCAAGGGACCCUCACUUCAGAUAUCGAUGACACAGGGAGCUUCAAGGGACUCCAGGAUUGGAGAAACCGAAACUCAGGAAGUGCCAUCAGAAAUUCAGGAAGGAAUCCUAAGGCCAGUGACAGACCCCCACAAGGAGGCUGGCCCUGGGAAUAUGAGCCCUAAAUGCAAUGAGUUGGGGACAGAUGACAGUCUUUGCUCAAGGGUUUUACAGGAACAAGUCUCUCCAAUAGGUGUUCUCCAUGGAAGUGAUGCACACGGACAAAUUACAGACCCCAUGGAUCUUGCAGAGAAGAACCAUUAUGAAUACAGUGAGCUCAGGAAUCAGGAUCUUACACAACUUGACCUCAUUCGUGCUCGAGUGAAGCCCUAUGAGUGCGUACACUGUAGAAAGGCCUUCAGGUCUACAUCAGAUCUCGUGCAGCACCAGCAGAUUCACACUGGAGAAAAGCUUUUUGAGUGCAAAGAAUGUGGAAAAGCCUUUAAAGAUAAGUUCUACCUUACAUAUCACCAGCGGAUUCACACUGGAGAGAAGCCCUAUGAGUGCAGUGUUUGUGGAAAGACCUUCACCUUCCAGUCUGUAUUUGUCCGACAUAGGAGGAUCCAUACUCAAGAGAAAGCCUUAGAGUGCGAGGCAUGUGGAAAUGCCUUCAAACACAGGUCCCACCUCAUAUAUCACCAGCGUAUUCACACUGGAGAGAAGCCCUGUGAGUGCAAUGAAUGUGGAAAGACCUUUACCCAAGUCUCAUCUUUUUUCCAGCAUAAUGGUAUCCACACUGGAGAAAAUUCCUUUGUAUGCAAAGACUGUGGAAACACCUUUUCGAAUAGGUUUAAUUUGAGUCAACACAUGAAGAUUCACAGUGGAGAGAAGCCCUAUGAAUGCAGUGAAUGUGGGAAAGCUUUUUAUCGCAAGUCACACCUCACAGAGCACCGACGGAGUCACACUGGAGAAAAGCCCUAUGAAUGCAGUAAAUGUGGAAAGUCUUUUGCCUACUACUCUGGUUUUGUCCAACAUAUUUGGAUGCACACUGGUGAGAAACCCUUUGAGUGCAAAGAAUGUGGGAAAAGCUUUUGCUCCAAGUUUAAUUUGAGUCAACACGUGAUGAUGCACGUUGGAAGGAAGCCCCAUGAAUGCAAUAAAUGUGGAAAAGCCGUUAACCAACACUCAUCUUGUGUUCAUCAUGGAACCCACACUGGAGAAAAACCCUUUAAAUGCAGAGUCUGUGGGAAAUCAUUUUGCUACAUCUCUAGUUUAAAACGACACAUGAAGAAGAUUCACACUGGAGAGAGAAGUUCUGUGAGUGCAUCAAGUGGGGAAAGCUUUCAUUCUCAAGUCACACCUCAUAAAACACCAGCGGAUUCACAUGAGAUCAGCCAGUAAAUGUGCAACAGCCUUCACUUAACACUCAUCUUUCAUCCAGUAUAAUAGGAUCCUCACUGUAGGAAACUAUUUUUUACUACCUUGUGAAAUACCAAAAUGCCCCUCCGUUGCUCUCCUGUUCUCCAUGGUUAAGUCCUUGCAUUCACCUCUCCUUCACGCCUCCACAGCCUGUUUUCUCCAAGGCUGCUGGCUCCUGACAGGGCUGCAUGACGUUUCCUGCUUAGUAUAGUUCUCUGAAGCCCAGUCUCUGACACCAUAACACCUGGUGUCAAAUCCUAACUCUGCUGACUAGGAACUGUAUUGCCCUGUGCAGGAUACUAAAUCUCACUCUGCCUCAGUUUCUCAUUGGUGAAAUGGGUAAUUUAGUAAUGUAGUAUUUACUUCACAGGGCUGUUGUGAGAGUAAAUGGUUUAAUGUAUGACAAAACUGAGAGCAGAAUCUAUGGCUCCCUGAGUGUGUGUGGGUUGGCACUUAUGCUCUCUGCUGAUGUUGCUGUUCAUUAUUGAUGUCACCAUCGUUGUCAUCAUCAUCUAUGUCAUGUCUGGAUUCAAGACCUUUGGAGCAAUUUUGUGAAGCUUUGUGGUUAAACAGCGUAUAUAUCAGACAGCCAGACCUAGAGUCCCAACUUGGAUCAGCUGCUUACCAUUUCCAUCUAUUUCAGCAAAUCAGAUUAUUUCCUUGGGCUUCUUUAUCUUCAUCAACAAGUGGUGCUUUUCAGGAACCUGCAUCAUAUGGAUUCCAUUAGGAACACCUAGAAUGAAUCACUUUAUGCCAUUUUAUUUAGGAUGUAAAAAGACUUUGCUCAAUUUAACAUUUAUACAGGGUGGCAUCAGCAAGAUAGUGGAAUAGGAGGUUCCAGCCCUCAUUCUGUCACAGAAACUCCAAUUUGACAAUGAUCCAUGCAUAAAAAUACCUUCUUGAAAGCUCUAGUUUCCAGGUGAGAGGUUAUAGCACUCAGGUGGAGCACAGAAAGCAGAAAAGAUGCAUUGAAGAGGGUAGGAUCAACAGUUUGAGUUCACCUGCAUCGCACCUUCUUCAGAGCUGUUUAGAUGAGUGCCAAGGUUGAUGUUAAGUCAACAACUAUCACAAGAAACAGUAUCAUUUUAUAAUAAGGGUCAAUUCAUCAAGAGAAUAUAACAAUUGUAAAUAUAUAUGCACUCAGCAUUAGUGCACCUAAACAUAUUAAGCAAACUUUGACAGAUCUGAAGGGAGAAAUAGAUAGCAAUAUAAUACAUUAAUAGUAGACUUUAAUACCCCACUUAGAACAAUGUACAGAUUUUUCGGACAGAAAAUCAAUAGGUUAACAGUGGAUCUGAA